AUGGCAUCUAAUUCUUGGUGGUCCUCGUCUUCUUCGGACGAAGAGGAGAUGUUUUUCGCAAACGUUGUGGUAAAGGUGGCCCAGAUUCUUUUGGAGGAGGAAGAGGAAGAUGUCUCGUCUGAAAACGUUAUUACCAGACGAAUACGGAUUAACAGAGACCACGAAGGAGCGCACGAGAAGUUGGUGAACGAUUAUUUUUCGGAUGCACCCCUUUACAAUGCCGACAUUUUCAAACGAAGGUUCCGAAUGAGUCGCCGGUUAUUCACACAGAUUGCUGAUGAUUUGGCGGGGCUAGACCCAUUUUUCACGCAACGACCCGAUGCUCGGAAUUAUGAAGGGUUCACCACGUUACAAAAGUGUACUGCGGCCCUUCGCCAACUGGCGUACGGGACAGUGGCCGAUGCUUUGGACGAGUACUUACAGAUGUCGGCAAGAACUUCGCGGGAAUGUUUGUAUCGGUUUUUCCAUAAUGCGGUGAAACUGUAUAGCAAACAGUAUUUGCGGAAACCAAACGCGUAUGAUGUUCAACAGUUGUACCAAGCUCAUGAAGCAAGGCACAGGUUUCCGGGAAUGCUUGGAAGCAUUGAUUGUAUGCAUUGGGCGUGGCAUAACUGCCCGACUGCAUGGCGAGGCCAAUACACGCGAGGUGAUCACGGCCAUCCAACCUUAAUGUGA